CGAAGCCUCGGUGUCGAACGUCACAUCACUACAAAAUACGCGCUUUCUCUGAAUAGUAAAAUUGUAAUUCGUGAUUAAAUUAAUUGACAAGCGAACUCACUAACGUUAGCUCCCGUUUGAAACAACGCGCUAGAAUCAUGACGAACCAGGAGAUGCGUUUAAAUCACACUAUUUACAUCAACAACUUGAAUGAAAAGAUCAAUAAAGAUGAACUGAAGAAGUCGUUGUAUGCUAUAUUCUCCCAGUUUGGACAAAUUCUGGACAUUCUUGUUUCACCUACACUGAAGAUGAGGGGUCAGGCCUUUGUGAUCUUCAAGGAGAUCAACAGUGCUUCCAAUGCGCUCCGCUCUAUGCAAGGCUUCCCAUUUUAUGAUAAACCUAUGCGUAUUCAGUAUGCAAAGCAGGACUCCGAUAUCAUUGCAAAAAUGAAGGGCACAUAUGUGGAGCGAGACCGUAAGAAAGAGAAGAAAAAGCCUAAAGCCCCUGAUGCAGGUACUGGGAAAAAGGCUUCUGCUGCUAUGGCCGGGGUACCAGUAGCCAUGCCUGGAAUGCCACCCAUGAGCCAAGCCCCUCGCAUGAUGCCAAUGCCCGGUCAGCCUCCCUACAUGCCUCCGCCUGGUAUGAUGCCUCCUCCUGGUAUGGCACCUGGGCAGAUGCCUCCAGGUGCUAUUCCUCCAGGUCAGAUGAUGCCAGGACAAAUGCCUGGCCAGAUGCCACAGCAGGUGUCAGAAAACCCUCCCAACCACAUCCUGUUUCUCACCAAUCUCUCAGAGGAGACGAACGAGCUCAUGCUGUCUAUGCUGUUCAACCAGUUUCCUGGAUUCAAAGAAGUCCGUCUUGUCCCUGGUCGUCACGACAUCGCCUUUGUGGAGUUUAAUAAUGAGGUGCAGGUGGGCGCAGCCAGAGAAGCUUUGCAAGGCUUUAAGAUCACACAGAGCAAUGCAAUGAAAAUCUCAUUUGCAAAGAAAUAACACUCACGUACAUGCAGCUUCUAUGACAAUUGGCAGUUAUACACAGGCCUGCAUUUAGAAAUCACUUGGGACAGUUCAGGCUUUAAUGGCUGAAUAGAUUACAUGCACGCCAUUCAAAAGAAAAAGUCCAGAGAUGAAAAGUACAUUUUUAUUUGAUGUGACUUGCCUAGCUGUGCCCGUUAGAUUUGUUCUGCACAAUGCAAGGCAAGGAGUGAAUGGAAACUUAAUCUUUCAAUUUUUAUUCCCUUUUCCGAUAUGGUUGGCUUUGGCGAGUUUGUAAGUAUGCAGGGGUUUUUUUUUAUUCCAAUUAUGUCUUCAGAAGCAUUGCACCCAGAGUAUGGUUCCCAGACAUUGUAC